CAUGCUGCUGCGGCAGCACCAGCCGCCCGGACGAGUGGGAGCAGCUUUGGCCGUCGCUGUGCUUCAGCCCCUGAGCCAAAUGCAUCUUGACAUUAGGAAAGGAAUACAUUUGCUCAGCCCUUGUACUAACACUGCAGCUAUCCCCAGUUGUCUUUUUGACGACCCCGCGCCGGUGCUGGAGGCCGCGCGGAGCUUGGAGGAUCGGCUGCAGCAGCUCCAGCGCCUCGAGGCCCCCAACCCGCCCCCCCGGGACCACGGACGCCCGUGGAAGAAGCACCCGGAGCCCGUCAGCACCCAAGAGCAGCGGGAAGGGGUGUCCCCGGGCGGGCCGGACGACAGCAGCCCCGCCRGCACCAAGAGCAAAGCGGCCUUCACAGAAACCUUGAGACAUGAGGCGGAAAAGCAGAGGGGGCUGCAGGAGGCCCAGCUCACGCUGGCCGCGCGCCUGGGGGAAGCCGAGGAGAAGAUCAAAGUGCUGCACUCAGCGCUGAAGGCCACGCAGACGGAGCUGCUGGAGCUGCGAUGCAAAUACGACGAGGAAGCCGCCUCCAAGGCAGACGAAGUGGCCAUGAUCAUGACGAACCUGGAGAAAGCCAACCAGCGAGCGGAGGCGGCGCAGCGCGAGGUGGAGAGCCUGCGGGAGCAGCUGGCCGCCGUCAACAGCUCCCUGCGCCUGGCCUGCUGCUCCCCGGCCGGGGCCGCUGGGGACAAAGUGAACUAUUCCCUGUGCUCAGGCUCGAGGCUGGAGGCAGCUCUGGCUGCCAAGGACCGGGAGAUCCUGCGGCUGCUCAAGGACGUGCAGCACCUGCAGAGCUCGCUGCAGGAGCUGGAGGAGUCCUCGGCCAACCACAUCGCGGAGCUCGAGGGGCAGCUGGCUGCCAAGAACGAAGCCAUCGAGAAGCUGGAGGAGAAACUGCUGGCCCAAGCGGACUAUGAGGAGAUCAAAACGGAGCUGAGCAUCUUGAAAGCCAUGAAGGUGGCCUCGGCGAGCUGCAGCCUUCCCCAGAGCAUAUCAAAGCCGGAGGAGGCUCUGCUCCUGGGCAAGGAAGCCUUCUAUCCCUCCCAGAAAUACCUGCUGGAGAAGCCCAGCCUGCUGGCCAGCACUGAGGAGGACCCCUCCGAAGACGAGGCAGGGAGGGAGCCCCUGGUGCUGGAGCCGCCGUUCCCGUCGCCGCAGCAGCAGCUCCCGCAGGCGCCGGCCGAGGAGCGCGCGGCCUCGCCGGGGCCGCCCGAGGGCCAGGGCACCUUCUCGGACGCGCCGCUGCCCAAGGCGGCCGCCUACAAGAGCGAGGGUGCCGGCGGGCCGCCCUCGGCGUGCUGCGCCGGCAAGGCGAGCGGCGCCGGCGGCAGCCCCGGCGGCGAGCCGGGCGACGGCGGCGCCGACGAGGAGCAGCUCGACACGGCCGAGAUCGCCUUCCAGGUGAAGGAGCAGCUGCUGAAGCACAACAUCGGGCAGCGCGUCUUCGGGCACUACGUGCUGGGGCUGUCGCAGGGCUCCGUCAGCGAGAUCCUGGCGCGGCCCAAGCCCUGGCGCAAGCUGACGGUGAAGGGCAAGGAGCCGUUCAUCAAGAUGAAGCAGUUCCUGGCCGACGAGCAGAACGUGCUGGCCCUGAGGACCAUCCAGGUGCGCCAGAGAGGUAGCAUCACGCCGCGGAUCAGGACGCCAGAAACGGGCUCUGACGACGCCAUCAAGAACAUCCUGGAGCAGGCCAAGAAGGAGAUCGAGUCGCAGAAGGGAGGCGAGCCCAAAACCUCCUCGGCUCCUCCGUCGGUGGCCAACGGCUCCGGCUCGGAGGACGCCAUCAAGAGCAUCCUGGAGCAGGCGCGGCGGGAGAUGCAGGCGCAGCAGCAGGCGCUGCUGGAGAUGGAGGCGGGCGCCGCGCGCGCCGGGGCCUCGCCGCCCGCCGAGCGCGCCACGCUCGCCGCCGUCAGCCCCAACGUCGUGCAGGCCUAUAUCAAACAGGAGGAGGGCGCCGGCGCCGCGCAGCCGCCCCUCGCCGUCCUCUCCCCGGCCGCCUUCGUGCAGAGCAUCAUCCGCAAGGUCAAGUCGGAGAUCGGCGACGCCGGCUCCUACUUCGACCAGCACUGGGCGGCCGAGAGGAGCCUGCUGAGCCGGCCCUACGGCGCCGUGUCGCCUUCGCUCUCCUCCUCCUCCUCGAGCUACUCCAGCAUGGCCAACGGGCGGGCUUGGCCGCGAGGGGAGCCCGGCGAGAGCGGCGCCAACGAGGAGGAGGUGCCGGCGGCCGAGGACGAGCCGCACAAGGCCGUGGAGAUGAAGUCGGAGGGCGCGGAGGCRCCGGGCGCCGGGCGCCUCUCCUACUACCCGGCGUAUGUGCCGCGCUCGCUGAAGCCCACGGUGCCGCCGCUGACGCCGGAGCAGUACGAGAUGUACAUGUACCGCGAGGUGGACACGCUGGAGCUCACUCGGCAGGUCAAGGAGAAGCUGGCCAAGAACGGCAUCUGCCAGCGGAUCUUCGGGGAGAAGGUGCUGGGCCUGUCGCAGGGCAGCGUGAGCGACAUGCUGUCGCGGCCCAAGCCGUGGAGCAAGCUGACRCAGAAGGGCCGGGAGCCCUUCAUCCGCAUGCAGCUCUGGCUCACGGACCAGCUGGGCCAGGGCAUCAGCCAGCAGCCGCCCACCGCGCAGGGCAGCCCCGCGGAGCCCCAGCCGUCCCCCUCGCCGCCACCCAGCCCCUCGGAGCAGGACAAGGGCUCCCAGGAGCCGCUCACCCUGGCCCUGGAGAGCAGCAAGGAAAACCAGCAGCCCGAGAGCCGCUCGGCUCCUGCGCUCAGCGGGAAGGGCUACCCCAACAGCCAAGGGCCUGUGGGCAUCCAGGAGAUCGUGGCCAUGUCCCCUGAGCUGGACACCUACUCCAUCACCAAGAAGGUCAAGGAGGUGUUGACGGACAACAACCUAGGCCAGCGGCUGUUCGGGGAGAGCAUCCUGGGCCUGACGCAGGGCUCGGUGUCCGAUCUCCUCUCCAGGCCCAAACCGUGGCACAAGCUGAGCCUGAAGGGGAGGGAGCCCUUCGUCCGCAUGCAGCUCUGGCUCAACGACCCCCACAACGUGGAGAAGCUCCGCGACAUGAAGAAGCUGGAGAAGAAAGCCUACCUGAAACGGCGCUACGGGCUCCUCGGCGCUGGCUCGGACAGCGAGUCGCCCGGCGCGCGCUCCGAAUGCGCCAGCCCCGGCCUCCCGCCGCAGGACCUCAGCCUGCUGCAGGUCAAGAAGCCCCGCGUGGUGCUGGCGCCGGAGGAGAAGGAGGCCUUGAAGAAGGCCUACCAGCUGGAGCCCUACCCCUCGCAGCAGACCAUCGAGCUGCUCUCCUUCCAGCUCAACCUCAAGACCAACACGGUCAUCAACUGGUUCCACAACUACAGGUCGCGGAUGCGCCGGGAGAUGCUGGUGGAGGGCGCCCAGGACAACGACACGGACGCGGAGGCCGGCGGCCGCCCGGACUCGGAGGGCGAGGAGCGCAAGGCGGCGGCGGCAGAGGACGAGGCGCCGCGGGCCCGCGAGCCGCCCAGCAGCGUGCAGCGGCGCCACGAGAAGAUGGCCAACCUCAACAACAUCAUCCACCGCCUCGAGCGGGCCGCCAACCGCGACGAGGGCCUCGAGUGGGAGUUCUGA